GCUGGUAUUACCGUCACAUCCAAUAUUAUGACACGAAUUACUGUAUUUUCUCCGACCAAAACACAGAAGCCGAAACUACCACAGAAAAAUCUCAAAAAACCGAAUCGACUGGCGCAGCCAAAAUAUCCGAAUCGAGUCGCACGGCUCAACAAACCAAAUCGACUAGCACAGCCAAAAUAUCCGAGCCAAGUGGCACGGCUC